GGACAUAGUACAGGAGAUGACAAGAGACUGCGGACAUACUACAGAAGAUGACCAGAGUCUGUGGACAUACAGAUUCCUUUUCAGCCCAUCUACAUACAGUACACCCAGGGGCGGACUGACCAUUCGGAAACUCGGGCACUGCCCGAGGGCCCGGGGUCAGUAAGGGGCCCCAUGAGAUGCCCCUGGUACCUUUUUCAUAGGCUUUUUUGAGUUUGGGCAAGGACACAGGGGCCCCAUGAUCCCCUAUUGCCCGGGGGCCCCAUGAGUUGUCAGCCCAUCCCCUGAGUACACCUGAUCGU